GCAGGCGCCGCGGCCAGGAGGGUCAUGUGAGGUGGGCGGGGGCGGUGGGCGCUCGUCUCUGUCGUCUCCGCGUCUCGAUGGUUGGUGGAGGUGGGCGGCUGGGACGGCUCGAGCGGCUGGCGCGGGCGCGGGCGCCUGGACGGAAUGUUUCGUCUUAAUUCCGCUACUGCAUUAGCAGAACUGGCUGUGGCCGCUCGGUGGUACCAUGGAGUCUCACAGCCCCCCCAAAAUAGGCGGCGACUAAUGAUGGUGGCUUUCCUGGGAGCCUCUGCGGUUACUGCAAGUACAGGCCUCUUGUGGAAGAGGGCCUAUGCAGAAUCCCCAUCAUCUGUGAACAGCAUAAAGACUGAACUUGGUGAUAAAGGAAAGAAUAAAGAUGAAGGGGAAGACUCUACCCAGGAAAAAGGGACUGGAGGUGCUUUGGGUGAGCCUCAUCCAGAAGAGAAAAAAAAGAAACGUUCUGGAUUCAGAGACAGAAAAGUGAUGGAGUAUGAGAAUAGGAUUCGAGCAUAUUCUACACCAGACAAAAUCUUUCGAUACUUUGCCACCUUGAAAGUAAUCAAUGAGCCUGGUGAAUCUGAGGUGUUUAUGACUCCAGAAGAUUUUGUGCGAUCCAUAACACCCAAUGAAAAACAACCAGAGCACUUGGGCCUGGAUCAAUAUAUAGUAAAACGCUUUGAUGGAAAGAAAAUUGCCCAGGAACGAGAAAAAUUUGCUGAUGAAGGCAGCAUAUUUUACAGUCUUGGAGAAUGUGGACUCAUAUCCUUUUCAGAUUACAUUUUCCUUACAACUGUUCUUUCUACUCCGCAGAGAAAUUUUGAAAUUGCUUUCAAGAUGUUUGACUUGAAUGGAGACGGAGAAGUAGACAUGGAGGAGUUUGAACAGGUUCAGAGCAUCAUUCGCUCCCAAACCAGCAUGGGCAUGCGACACCGAGACCGCCCUACUACUGGUAACACCCUCAAGUCUGGCCUGUGCUCAGCCCUCAUCACCUACUUCUUUGGAGCAGAUCUCAAAGGGAAGCUGACCAUCAAAAACUUCCUUGAAUUUCAGCGCAAACUUCAGCAUGAUGUUCUGAAGCUCGAGUUUGAACGCCAUGACCCUGUGGAUGGAAGAAUCACAGAGCGACAGUUCGGGGGCAUGCUGUUGGCCUACAGUGGGGUGCAGUCCAAGAAGCUGGUCGCCAUGCAAAAGCAGCUCAAGAAACACUUCAAGGAUGGGAAGGGUCUGACAUUUCAGGAGGUGGAGAACUUCUUUACUUUCCUGAAGAAUAUUAAUGAUGUGGACACCGCGUUGAGCUUUUACCAUAUGGCUGGGGCAUCUCUUGAUAAAGUGACCAUGCAGCAGGUGGCUAGGACAGUGGCGAAAGUGGAACUCUCAGACCACGUGUGUGAUGUGGUGUUUGCACUCUUUGACUGUGAUGGCAACGGGGAGCUGAGCAAUAAGGAGUUUGUCUCCAUCAUGAAGCAGCGGCUGAUGAGAGGCCUGGAAAAGCCCAAAGACAUGGGCUUCACCCGCCUCAUGCAGGCCAUGUGGAAAUGUGCACAGGAAACUGCCUGGGACUUUGCGCUGCCCAAAUAGAAAAGCCCAGAGGCAAAAGGACGGCCGCCUCCACCCUGCCCCCCACCCGCCCCCGGAACCUAGUCCCAUCUGGGCACGGCCUGAUCUGCUCCUGCCUUGUGCCAGUCCUCCUGGGCAUGAUCGUGGGGCUCAAACCAUUGCCCUUCUCGGCCUGACCUCUGCCCCAGGGCACUGCCCAGCUCUGCCUCUGCAAAAGGGAGUCAUUCCCAGAGGUCUCACACCAGGACCCAGUUCUCACAGCUCAGACCCAUGGCACCGUCAGCAGCAUUUACUCAGUGACAGCACCCUGUGGGUAAUGCCUGCGGAGACCCAUCGACGUCCCUGCAGUUCCUCCAGCCCCGAGAGAUGGCCAGUUCCCCCUCACUAGUGCUGUGGGUUUAUGAGAAGAAAGACAUCCCUUGUUUUCCCUCCUGCUGGGAUUUUUUUGUUUUUCAGCUACAAGUUGGGAAAGACUUUUGGCAAGCGAAAUGAAGUCUGAUGGAUGGAACUGAGGGUGCCGGGGGCCCCUGCCUGGCAGGAAGCCUGGCGGGAGGGAGGCUGUAUCCAUGCUUUUGUGGCCCUGACCUGCUCCCGGAAGGAGAUGUGCCAGCUUACGGAGCGGAUUAAUGGCUCUCUCCGCUCCUUCCUUUUGCUCUCAGGAUUCCCACAAGACCCCGCCUUGCCUGUGCGGUGAGCAGCAUGCCCUUUGCCCUUUGCCCUUGCAGCGUGACCCUCUGAGGCCAGGGCAGCUGAGAGCUGUCUCCUCUCUGUCUUAAACACUUGUAACUGUCACUUUAACUCUUAAGUUUGCAAUAAACCCUCCUCCCUAACCCCCCAAAAAGAA